UCUUUAUAUUCUACAAACCGAAUUUUAUUCUGGAAACCGAACAAUCGAAAUCAACACCAAACCGGAGAAGAAGCAAAAAUGAAACAGAACAACUGUGUCAUCGUCUUCUAGCUCCGUUUCUUUUCUACACAGAAAAUUUUGCAGCUUCUUCUUCUCUAUCAUUUUUCUUCCAUGGAAUUGAUACAAAAUCGUGUUCAAGGGACUACUUUCACGUACGCCAAUGAAAUCACACGACUCCGCUUUUCUCGUAGCGUGGUUCAGCAACAUAUAUCUUCCCCUGAUUAUUUUCGGUGUGUACCAACUAUUUCAAUAACGCCCACAAUGUGUUCGACAAAAGUCCCCAACGAACGUACUGGGAAAAUGAACUCUGGUCUCAUCUCAACAAGACACCAAAUAGAUCCUAAGAAAGAAUUGUCUCGGAUUCUGAGAACAGAUGCUGCUGUGAAGGGCAUUGAGAGGAAAGCCAACUCCGAAAAGUACUUAACUUUAUGGCCAAAAGCUGUUCUUGAAGCUCUUGAUGAAGCUAUCAAAGAGAAUCGAUGGCAGUCUGCUCUCAAGAUUUUCCAUCUUCUUAGGAAGCAGCAUUGGUAUGAACCAAAAUGCAAAACAUACACAAAGCUGUUUAAAGUGCUUGGGAAUUGCAAACAGCCUGAUCAAGCCAGCUUGCUUUUCGAAGUUAUGUUGUCUGAAGGAUUGAAACCCACCAUUGAUGUGUAUACGUCUCUUAUCGCUGUUUAUGGCAAAAGCGAGCUUCUAGACAAGGCGUUUUCUACGCUUGAGUAUAUGAAAUCGGUUAGUGAUUGCAAGCCAGAUGUGUUCACCUUUACUGUUCUCAUAAGAUGUUGCUGCAAACUUGGUCGGUUUGAUCUGGUUAAACGUAUCAUUCUUGAGAUGUCAUAUCUCGGAGUUGGAUGCAGCACGGUUACUUACAAUACUAUUAUUGAUGGGUAUGGAAAGGCUGGCAUGUUUGAGGAAAUGGAAAAUGUUCUGGCUGAUAUGAUCGAGGAUGGAGAUUCUCUUCCGGAUGUCUUCACGCUUAACUCGAUCAUUGGGUCUCGGAAAUGGUGGCACACGAGGAAGAUGGAGAGCUGGUAUAGUCGGUUCCAGCUGAUGGGAGUGCAGCCAGACAUCACUACAUUUAACAUACUGAUCCUGUCAUUUGGAAAAGCUGGAAUGUAUAAGAAGAUGAGCUCGGUCAUGGAUUUCAUGGAGAAAAGGUUCUUCUCCCUGACGACUGUCACUUACAAUAUAGUGAUCGAGACGUUUGGAAAAGCUGGAAAAAUCGAGAAAAUGGAUGAUGUAUUCAGGAAAAUGAAGUAUCAAGGAGUGAAACCAAACUCAAUCUCUUAUUGUUCGCUUGUCAACGCGUAUAGCAAAGCUGGUCUUGUCGGUAAGAUAGAUUCGAUUUUGAGGCAAAUUGUGAAUUCAGAUGUAGUACUGGAUACACCGUUCUUCAAUUGCAUAAUCAAUGCAUACGGUCAGGCUGGUGAUUUGGCCACGAUGAAGGAACUAUACAUACAAAUGGAAGAGAGAAAAUGUAAGCCUGAUAAAAUCACUUUUGCGACUAUGAUCAAAACCUAUAAGGCUCAUGGGAUAUUCGAUGCAGUCCAGGAACUCGAGAAACAAAUGAUUUCCACUGAUAUAGGCAAGAAGAGGCUUAUGGGGUGAUGCUUUAGUUUGUGAAUGAGCAAAUCAAUGCAGAAGGAAUUUGGAAGUUGUGAAUUGUUCACACUAAGAGGAUCACUUGAGAGACGCUGCGACAUGGGCAUUACUAAUGAGAAUUUGGGUCGGUUCUGAAAUUACCAAAUCAGCAUUGUGGAGAAAACGUAAUGAUUCCGGUCAAUGUAACUAUGUUGGGACAGCGGUCUAGAAUCAAAACUCAAUUCAAAGUUGUCUUGGUAAAGUAAAAUAUAAUUUUCUUACGCAGGCUAUUUAGACGGGUCAAAAUUCAAAACAAAUUGUGAUCUAAACUCUAACGUAGCUAUAUAUACAUAUAUUGUUUUCCAACAUCGUAUUACAUAUAUCAUUUGUGAAGAGUGACCUGCUUUUCAAUCAAAGAGUAUUUUUUUU